AUGUUUCCAUUUAGCUACGAAUCUGGCAAUGGUAUCACCGCGGAGGAGUUGGGGUACGUAAAGAACCUUGGUGUGCCCGAACAGGAGGCGCAGACUGCCCAGGGCCAGUACAAAUAUACAGCGCCCGAUGGCCAGGUUAUUCAGCUUCAAUACAUAGCUGACGAAAAUGGAUUCCAACCUCAGGGAGCACAUUUGCCCACUCCACCGCCAAUCCCACAGGACAUUCAGAAAGCUCUGGACUAUCUUGCAUUAUUGCCGCCACAGACCCCCGAGAAUAGGAUUUUUGGACCUCAA